GACUUUCCCAUUUGUAGAGAGGUAACACAGCAGGGAUCAUCGCCAUGAGGACUUACUUGCUGAUCAGUGCAUUGGUCGGGCUAUUCCUGACCACCAUGGGCCAAACUGUAUCGCAACCAAGUACUGCUGCCACAGAAACGUCAGCUGGGAGUCAAUCAAGUACCACAGAAACAAUUACCACAACCAGUGCACCAAACGGAAGUCAGUCAAGUACCAGUGAAACAAGUAGCACAACCAGUGCACCAAACGGAAGUCAGUCAAGUACCAGUGAAAUAAAUACUGCAACAAGUGUCAGUCAGUCAAGUACCAGUGAAAUAAGUACUGCAACAAGUGUCAGUCAGUCAAGUACCAUCAAAACAAGUGUUUCAGUUACAAGUGUGACUGGGUCAAGUGUCAGUGAAACACCGGAAUCAAAACCAACUGUAACAGGCAUAACUGAAGGAGGAAGUAAUCAAUCUACCACAGCUAAGCCUGAGAUCACUACAUCCACAGCUGCACCCACAACCACAGUUCCAGUUAAGCAGUUUUGCAAUGCAACGAGUUGUGGGGAUUCCUUUGCUACCUGCAUCCAGCUCUUUGAAUCUUACAUAUGCCAGUGUCCUCUGAAUUAUUACUUCGAGAAAACUAACUUAUCCUGCACCACUGGAGAAAGUUUCUAUGGGAGGCUUGAACUUAAGAACAGAACUUUUAAUCCACUAAAGGAAUCAAUAGAAUACACUGAUAUUUAUAAUGAAGUAGUGAAAUUUUUUAAGGGCUGCUUUGAAAAUAAUGAUGAUUAUUUCGGCACCAUCAUAGCAGACAUCAGUGCAAAGCCCUCAAAAGUCCAGACAAGAAACACCAAAUCUGGACAGUUAGUGGAAGUGAGAUGUGCCAAUGUGUUUCAGCCUGGCAAAGUAAGCGCAGACGAGGUGGUGAAGGAAAUAAUUAAAUAUAAUGAAAAUGCAAGUUUUGGAGAAUAUAAGUCAUCAGAUAUCUGCGAUGGGCAUUAUUGUGACAUUCUUACAACAAAUUGCAUCAACAAAACAAAUACCAACCCAGUGUGUACCUGCAAAGAUGGCUACUACCCUUCCACUUCACAGCUGACAAUAACAUCUUGCAGAGGCUGUGACCCCAAAUGUGGAAAUGAUCCUGGAGAGCAAUGUAUACGGUCAGACCUCACAAAACCUCCAUACUGUGGUUGCCUUCCAGGUUAUAAGAAAAAGUCUGAUAUUUGUGAAAAAUGCCAGUUUGGUUACUCAGGGGCGGAAUGUGCAGACAAUUUCCUGCUGAUCUUGGUAAUCGUUGGAUCUGUUGCAGGAGCUGUAGUUAUCGCUUUGCUUGGAACAGUUAUUGGCCUGUCUGUGAGGUCCAGCAGGAGGAAGCGUGAUAAUGAAAUGACACAAUUAAUUACUAAGGACACCAUGGAGAGUCCGAUGGCUGGGAAUCUUUUCCCCAAAGUCCAGGCCAAAACAGACCUGGGAUAUGUGAACAGAGGUUCCAGUCCAUAUGACACAACUGAUGAAUACCCAAGGCCAACUCCUAAACGAGACUACGACGACGAUCCCUGGUAUGAAAUGUCCAGUAGGGAGAGACGGUACUGAGACCUGUGCAGGUUGGACUUAAUGAGAAAUCUUGGUUUUCUUUUAUCCCAGUCCCCUCUGCAGGUCUGGGCUGGGAUUCAAAAUAGGCCCUGGCAUUUCAAGUACACAGAGGCACAAAAAGCCCCCACCAGCCCAGUAAAUAGUGACUGUCUAUGGCAUCUUCCAGCAGCCCCUUUGGUAUUUGCCAAACCCCUCCUCCUCCUCUAUAGUUCAUGGGAUAUGCCCAAUGGGAGCACUGCUUAGUAGACAUAGCCAUGCACUUAAAGGGAACAAAUACAAAAGUGACAUUCCUACUAUCAUGCUGGAGCUUCACUCCCCAGACCUGCACUUCUGGAAAAUCAAGAGGCACCAUUAAUAUUCUUUCUGUAUGAAACCUACUUAUUUUUAUAACUAAUUUAUUUUUUAUGCCAAUAAUAAAACUCUGAAUAAUCUGUGAGGAAAUGCUGUGACAUGUCUAGCACAAUAAAUAUAUCAUGUAAGUGCUCUCUGUAUCUAGUACCCGGGGACUGCCUCUGGGGUCUUUUAAAAUCAAGUGUGACAUCUGAUAUUAAAAUGUAACCAAAAAUUUAAAUUUUGAAAAUAUAAUAUUUUUAUUUCUCCAUGCUGAUUGCUGCACCUUGUCUUCCUACUCUGAGCCAUUUUAAAGGGUAACUGUUAUUCAAAUAAAAAAUAUCACAAAAUGUUUGCAGCUGUUUAAUGAUUUUGUAGUGACUGUCCUGCUACAAACAGUUCAGUCGUGCUCCACUCCUGGAAUGUUAUCAGGAACAGUUGGUUGCACCAAGAAACUGUCUGCCAUUAAUGUAAUAUCUGGAAAAAAUGUCUACUGUGUGACAGAUUGAUUAAAUAUAUUUUUAUAUUUAUUGCAUCUCCUAUGUAUAUGUAUUUCUCAGGGAACUUACUGUGAUUCUUUGGCUGAGAGUUCUAGAGAGGACAGAGAGCUAAUAGCUUUACAUAGAACUUAUAAUGGGGACAAGAGAGCAAAUAAUGUCCUAUUGCUUUAGCCCUAUGUCUCCUCUGUGAGGCAAAUUAGUUGUAUAUUUGUGAUACACCCCCCCAAGGGAUGGACUCUUCCUCCUCUCCAUUUUUAAGUCUGUCAGUGGCUGAAUGACUAUCGCCUGCUUCUCUGUACAAUUACUGUGUAUCAUUGAUGCCUAAGGGAUAUAUCAAUUUUUAUUUUUUACAAAAUAAAGAAAAAAUAUAUUUCUGAAUA